GGGACUGGGGAAAAGUCUAAGCUAUUGCAUACACGUGGGGAAUCCCCACGAUUUCUCAUCGGAAUUUGUCAGAGAGGCAGCCUUCUAAUUCCAAUUUAGUAAAAUAGUAUUAUUUGCAUUAAAACGAAAACAAUGCCGAUUGGAUUGUUUUUGUAUGUUGUACUCGUAGCAAUUUGGUGACAGUCAAUCUAUAAAAAAAACAUCAAUAAUCACUGAAUCAGGCACGCUACGCGUACGGCGACUAUGGGUUUUGCGUGUGGAUGAUCAUGAUGGCAACGGUACGUCGCGCGCCGGAUGGAUAAUCUCGUCUGAUCGUUUCACAAGGUGAUUGACGUUUGAUGGCAUCUGUGGUGGCCGGGUCAUAAGAUGGACUCCUCACCAAAUGUUCUCCUGACUGAGGUCUUCAGGACUCAGCUGAUUAAUCACCUGUCUAUUGAUCCAAGUUUGUUAGCUGCAUUGGUGCAGUCAAGCAUCAUUUCAAGUGAAGAGCAUGAGAAGAUCUUGACUGAUGCUUCAAAUCCUGACAAGACUCAGCGGUUACUAAGGAUAAUUCACAAUCAUCCAUCUAAUGUUGUAUCACAGUUUGUCCUAGCUCUGAAAAAUUCAGACAAUGCUACAAACACGCAACUAGCGGACUACAUUGAGGGAACCAGCAACAUUCCAGAAUAUGGCAAAGAGCAUCGACUAAUCAAGAAGUACUAUCGCAAGCUUGUACAGGACAUAGACCCCUCGGCCAUGAUUCCGUACCUCAGAUACAUUCCCCCUAAUGUUAAAGAGAACAUCAUGGGUAUAUGUGCCCGUGGUGACAGCGAUCUUGCACGAUGUAUGUUACUUAAUCUUACACUAAGAACGCUUGAGCCACAAUGGUUCGAUCAGUUUCUCGCUGCACUGGAGCAGACUGGACAAGCAAACGUGGCAAGGAAGUUAAGAGCAGACUUCGAAAAAGAUGAAGCUCAAGUUGCCAUGGAGAUCCCAGCUGAGCUGGCCUUUGGACAACCCAGAUCACCUGACCUCAACCUGGAUGCCUUGAGUUUAGAAGACAGGAGGAUGGAUAGAAUGUCUUCAAUGGAAAUGAGAGCAUCAGGUUCAAGCAUGAGUGGAAUGCGUCAUUCAAAUCAUUCACAGCAAGAAAGACGUUCACAAUCAAUGGGUCCACCUACAUCUAUUCCCCAGGAACGGUCACGGUCUUCAAGUAAACGCUCGAGACCAGUCCCUUCCAGAAAAUCUUCAAGAAGUCCGAAGAGGCAAAAGACAUACCAAGACAAAAUGGAAUUGUUUAAGCGGAUAAGAGGCAGAUCCAAUCAGAGAGGUUCAACAAUCAAUAAUGUGAUCCAGCAGAAUUUUCAGAACAUCUACAACAACACCACCAAUAACACCAUGAAUGUGAGCAACAGCCAAAAUGUCCAAGCGAUGGUGGGCGGCGAAGGAAAUAUAAUGAACAUCGGGGACCGGAGAAAUGACCCAAGCCCAACGCGUGGAAGAGAAGCAGAUUUACAGCAGUGCAGACGGCCAGCCGGCGAGGAUGAGCCAGAUCGUGCAAAAGUGCCCAGAUGUGACGAUGACGUAGGCGACAUGUAUGGACCACCAUCAGCCAACGGUCACAUACCUCAAGAAGACUGUACAAAAUCUGAUGUGCCCAUGGUAGACAGACCAGUGUUAUUUGAAGACCAACUUGAGCUAGCAGAGAAUGCAGUAACGGGAAUGAACACAGUUCUAGUAGCACCCACGGGGUCAGGCAAGACUCAUGUUGCAGCGUACAUUAUUCAUGAUCACUUCAUCACCGACCGACCAAAACCUGUCGUGGAGAGACGUGCAUUGUUUCUCGUCACAACCGUCAACCUUGUAGGUCAGCAACAGGAAAAACUGAAGGAUCUCCUCAAACCGGCUGUAUUUUUCUCCGUCAUCGGAAUCCACGGUGCAUCCGAGUUGUCCUUAAAGGAAGAGGUAACAAACAGAAACGUCAUCGUGCUGACGGCACAGCUGCUGGAGAACGCUCUGGAUCAUAUCCCCCUCGAACGAUUCUCUCUGCUCGUCUUUGACGAGUGCCAUCUCUGUCAGAAAGGUCACGCCUACAAUACAAUCAUGGCACGGUACUUGGAGGAAAAACUGAAAGGCAAUCACAACUUACCACAGAUAGUAGGCAUGACAGCUAGUCUGGGAACCGGCAAAGCCAAGAGACAAGACGAUGCCGACAACCACGCUGUCCAAAUAUGUGCCAAUAUGGAUGCUAGUUGCAUCUCAAUGGUGGAACGAAAUAUAGAAGCUCUGGAAGAACGGGUUAAUAUACCUGAAGAAGUGGAACCCAUCGAAGUCACAUGCAGAGAGGUCGAUCCAUUUGCCGAUAAAAUCAACGAGAUCAUGGAGAAAAUUGAAGUCAUGCUGAAAGAAUCACAGAGUCCAGAAGUGCAGUGGUUCAUCAGAUCUGCGUGUAUCCCCAGCGUACGAGGCAGCCAGGCAUAUCGUCAGUGGUGCGAUAGAAUGAAACGCAACGCUCAAAUAUUUAUCCAGAAUGGACAGGACGAAAUAUACCGUCAACUGCAAGCCUGUAUCUGCCAUUUAAUGGACUACAACAAAUCGUUGGUGAUCAACAAGCAAGUGAGAACUGUGGAUGCUUUCAAACAUCUUGAUAACAUGAUGGACAAAAUGAAUGACAGGAGAAGCUGUUUUGAUGACACUGACUAUCAGCUACACAAGCUGUUUACCAGUGAAGAGAGAAUAUUGAGAGAAAUCUGUGAUGACCCGAGCAACGAAAACCCACUGCUGGUGAAACUCCGAGAGAUCAUAUUGGAGGAGUAUGGAAUGCGCCCAGAUACCAGAGCCAUUCUGUUUGUCAAGACCAUCGACACGACUGAAGCCCUUCACGACUGGAUCACAGAGACCCCACAGUUGGAGUUUUUGACCCCGGGAAGAAUAGCUGGGUCAAGAGACAUGAAUUCAGACCAGCAGAACAAAGUGAUGGCAAAGUUCCGUGGCGGGGAACACAAGAUGUUGGUGGCUACCAACUUGCUUGAGCAGGGUACCGACGUGCCAGCGUGUAACCUGGUUAUAAGAUUGGACUACGUGCCAAGUGACUUUGGUCAUGUUCAAAUCAAAGGCCGCACAAGGAAAAAAGGUGGAAGGAGCUACCUGAUUACGCUGAUAGAAUCCAAGGGUGCGGUCCGCGAUGCAGCCAAUCGUCAGCGUGAGGUCAUGAUGAUGGAAGCAGCCAGAAAUCUCAAGGAAAAGACUCCGGGGCAGUUUGUGUGUGCGAUGGAACGCCAGCAGGAAGACGACCGGUUGGAGAGACAGGCCCGACAGAAGCAGAAGAGAGAGAUCCGUCGCGACAACGGCGGCGCGACGUUCGCUUUCUGCUGCAUCAACUGCAGCAUGGUUGCUUUCCAAUCGCACCACGUCGGCAUCUACGUAGAGUCCCAGUUUCUCAUUCUAGAUCCCGACUUCGGGAGCCGUAUGGAGAUCAGAGAGCACCCCAAGCCCAAGAAACUUGGCAAGGACAUAACAGUCAUCGGUAAGAUGUUCUGUAAGAUCUGCGGCCAUGACUGGGGUGCGCUGACGCGUAUCCAAGACUCCUACUAUCCUUCGGUCAGAAUCUGCCGGUUCAGCUUGAAGAAUCUCUCCACACAGGAAGCGCACACGUACAAGAAGUGGAAAGAGGCACCGUUUGAAGUUGCAAAGGUGACGGUGCUGCCCCUAGAGGCAAAGGUCAAAGUGCCCAUAAAUAUCCUGAAGAAGUUACGAAAGCUCUGAGUUGUGGAAUAAUCGAGGUAUUUCAUACUCAUAGGUGGAGAACGAGUUGCUUCAUUUGCCAGGCAUGCAACUUUUACUCGGAUCCGCUGCCUUUCAUGAGUACUAAAUACAAAUUGAAAAAUACUGUACCAAGUUUUACAAAACUGCGGUUGUACGGUUUGUGGAACUGCUGUGGGUUGUACCACUUGGUACUUGUUUUCUAAUUCCCCAGUUGCAUGCUUGAUAUACACAACGUGACAACUUUUGAGCAAGCAUUUCGGUUACUCUUUUAGGCAUUAAGUGCUCAAAGCAUUAAACGAUUAGGAAUUGGGGUCCCUUGUCCUAUUGAUUGAUGUAUGUCUGCGAUCCCACUAAUUGUUACUUCUUUUUUAAUUGAGAGUAUAAAUUCUGUUAUCUGUGCCUUGACCAUAGCAGUGUGUACUAGUCAAUAUGUAGUGUAAUUUUACAUUUUAUGGGUGUAAAGUACUUUCUAUUUUACCAAGUUUUAAAUUUGAAUAUAUUGAACUUUUAUAGACCAACUCGGCCCCCUUCAAUGGUGAAAGCAUUGUGCUAGCUAUUGUCCAGAUAAUCCAUCACAGGGCCGUUGACUUGUACAACAGCGUACACAAUGUUCUCCAUUGAAGGGGGCCACAUGAAUGUACAGUUAUCACGUGCCUGGAUGUACGAAGUUGUAUUUCUCAAUAUAAUUAAAAGUGGCUUUGUUACAUAUUUGAAAAUAAAUAAUUUAAGGAGUACUUAAGGUUUUAAUAAAAAAUAUAGUUUAUUGCAAAUUAAAAAGUAGCCGUACAGGAUGUAAAUGUAUGUGCCAAAUGUUAUUCCUGUAAUAUUCCCCGUUAUUAGGCUGGUACUUAUGUUAUGCAUCUCUUUGCUUCAGGGCUUAAAUAUAGCAGAAACCGAUAGUACAGAGGUGACGUCCUCUCUAAAAACAAACUUCUAAAUUAAUGAAUUCUUUUGUAUGUUUUGCUGCGAUUUAUGCUCCACUUUUAGUUUCAUUUGGGAGACUCUCACCAGUCCUAAAUUCUGUAGGACAGUAUGACUGUAGACCCGUAUGACCAUAUCUUAAAGUUUCGGUUUAGCUUUUGAAAAAAAAUGUACAUGUAUAACUUUUUGGGAAAUUUUUUUAUAACUUAUUAACUUCUACAUGCUUUCAUGGAUUUUGACAAAACUGUGAUGCAGUGACCCUUAGGUGGGAAGACACAAUUCUUCAUUGGAUUACUGAGGUUAAAGGUCAUGUAGGGGUCAUUAGAGGUCGUUCAAAAAUGCUUUAAAUGUGUCUUUGUCUACACAAUUUGAUAGUUUUUAAUGUAACUUGCAUGGAGUGGUCCUUGGGUGGGGGUUCAUCACAAACUCUUCCGAAAUUGGAGGUCAAAGGUCAUGUAGGGGUCAUUUGAGGUCCUUGUUUGAAAAUGCACAAAAGUUGAUUUUAUUAAGAGCACAAAACAUAUAGGGAUAGACCACGGAAAAAGGCAACACAUGCGGACCACUUGUUUCUUUUAAAGGGCUUUUCAGACUGACGUGAGGCAGGAACUUACAGAAAAACUGUCUAGUUGCUUGGACAAUCAAUGCCACAACAGCUUGCCCUGAAAUGAAUGCUUUGAGAAACUUGAGUGAAUUUGAAUGCUUGUGUAUAUAUUUUUGAGUUGAACACACGCUUUUUGAAAUCGUACAUUAGCGUGCUAAUUUAACAAAAUAGACCCGAAAAAUUAUGAAAAUCAAAACAAAUGUUAUGUGCACGCUUGAAAUCAAAAUGCUUUCGACACCUUUUUUCUUUUUUGCUGUAUAGCAAAUGUCAUUAAGCAGUUAAUUUAAUUUAAUUACAUUUGUUAUCGAGCCAAAAAUUUCAAGAAAGAAGAUAAGCUUUGUACAAAGUGCAAACCGAAGUCAACAGCUCAUCAUCAAAAGUGUAUAUUUUAAUACUUUCGUAAGAAACUAGAGUGGUGAAAGUGGGUAAAUCAUAUUAAAAUGUAUCAAAAAUAAUUAUGUACAAUUUAUUUCUCAACUAAAAUGAUGUGGUACAGUAAUCAUAAAGUGCAAAUUUAGGACCGUAAAUUGCGUGUAAAUUAGCAGAAGAAAGGGCGUGCGCAUAAUAAUGCGUAGCAUCACGUCAGCGAUGUUAUCCCGAAUGACCUUGGGUCAUUGAAAUACCAAACUGGCUUAUUCUUAUUCUUUCCAGAAUCACACAGAAGAGACUAACUCCAAGGUGUUCCCAUAUCAAAGUAACCUCCAUUUUAUUAACAUAUAUCAAAAAUACUUAUUUACAAACCAUUUCAUAAUAUAAGGCUACUAUUCAAUUAAUUUUGUGAAAAUUUAAGCACAGAUUUUUGAGGACAAAAGACAACUUGCAGCUGAAUUCUGUUAUCUUACAGAAACUCUGCGGUUAUGUAAUAAAACCUUUAUUACAAGGAAUGCUUACAGUCAGCCUAGUUUAGUAUCAGUUUAUAUGUUUGCAUACCGGUAGUUUUGUUUUAACGGAUAGUACUAAAUAUAUACUGAGAUAGAGUUUUGGAGACUGUGUUUAUAUUAAGUCAGUUUCUAUUCUAGUACUUGGAGUAUGUUUGUCCCAAUUCUGUUCAAGCUUGAGUUCUUUCAUAUCCUAAUCAAACAAGUUUUUACUCGAUCUAGUGGGGGGGGGGAAUUCAGAAGUCAUAUACGUCAUCAAAACUGCUACGAAUGACUAAAACAAAUUUACUGAUGACCUCUCAAAAAUGUACCUUGGACCAAACUUGACCAAUAGUUUUGCUGCUUGUAACAUAUCGGUUCAGUAACCUAAAUCUGGGGCAUGUGUAGCUGAGAAAUGCUGUUUGAGGUACCAUUGGCAGUUGAACUUUUUAAAUAUUUAAUACAUUUUGUAAAAUUAUUUUACAUUGCCACAUCUAUCAUAUAAGAGCACAUAUGUGCCAAAAUUAGCACUCGACAAGGUGCCGCAUCAUUACUACCCCUGCUUAUUGAGCCAAUAAAAUAUUCCUGUAGACAAUUAACUGCAGCCCUAUAAAGAAUAUACAGUUCAAUGCCGUCAUUUCAGUGUAGACAGCUAACGUGAACAUAAUAUACAUUUGGUUACUGUUGCCCCAUUAAAGAAAUUAGGUUUUACAUGUAUAUUAAAAAUGUCAAAUUGUAUAUAUAUUUUAAAAAA